UGCUGAUUCCUCUCAUCUUAUCUAUUUGUACUGGGCUACCAAGUGGUACUGCUCGUCACUCAUCAAUGUUCGUGGAAGGAAACGCAGCUAGCAGUGUCCUUGGAUGGAUUUCAAUAGCAUGCUGGAUUGUCGUGUAUUCCCCUCAGAUAAUUGAGAAUUAUCAACUACAGAGUGGGGAGGGUUUAUCGCUCCUUUUCAUCUACGUAUGGUUGCUGGGCGACGUAUGUAAUCUUGUGGGUGCAGCGAUGGCUGGAUUGCUGCCUACCGUGAUUAUCCUUGGAGUUUAUUACACCUUAUGCGACACUGUAUUACUCUGCCAAGUAUAUUAUUACCGAUGGAGGCGGCAAACCGACCACGUUGUACCUGCGCACAUCCCAGGGGAGGUUUCCGAAGAAUCUUGCCUUAUUGCUGAUAGUCGCUCGGUGGAUCCUUCCGAAAGAUCAGAGCUCUCGGUCACGCGAAUUUUUGUGCGGUACCUGGCCGCUGUCGCAUUCGUAUCAGCCGCUGGUGUGGCGGCAUUUUGUAUCAGCAAUUGGCUUCCCAGCGAUGAUACUUCUCCGGUCCAUCCAAAUACGAAGUUGGACUGGCAUAUACAGGUAAUAGGGUGGACCAGCGCCACUGCUUAUCUUGGUGCCCGUCUGCCGCAAAUAGUCAAGAACUUCAAGACCAGGUGUGAGGGUCUCGCUCCUGGAUUAUUUGUCUUCUCUAUCCUGGGAAACACGACAUACGCAUUGUCUAUUAUUGCUGCAUCUCGCGACGCAGAUUAUCUGAUGAGGAAUGCAAGCUGGCUAGCAGGUAGUGGAUUGACCGUCUUUCUCGAUAUACUUGUGCUCAGCCAGUUCUUUUAUUACGGAUUUGUUUCAGGGCAGCAAGGCUGGAUCGAUAGAGCUCCGGCGUAAGUGUCCAACGUUCAGUAUUACUAUUAGAAGCUUGCUGUAUCCAUACGUUACUGUUUCCUUGACGUAGAACCUUACGGCUGUCGAUGGCUUGU